AAUGGAAGUAUUUCAAACUGUAUACGAGCCGGUGCUACUCUACGGUAGUGAAACGUGGACAGUGAACGACAUCCGUAGUAAAAUUCAAACAUGCGAAAUGCGAUAUUUACGAGCGGUAUCCGGGGUGACCAGACGUGAUCGUAUAAGAAACGAAGUAAUACGUGAAAAGUGUGGUAUCGGAAUAACCUUAGACAGACUUGAAACGAAGUAGUUAUCGUGGUUCGGACAUAUGGCGAGAGUGAGUGAAGGUAGACCCUUAAAGAGGGUAUGGAAAGCUGCAUCCGACAACAAACGACGAAGAGGCAGGCCAGCAAGAACAUGAAACGCGGAUAUUGGAAAGGCUUGCGCAAAAAGAAAUAUUGGGUGGAGAGAAGCAGAGAGACUAGCUACUGACCGAAAGGCAUGGAGACGUCUGAUUUCUUCACUUACCUCAACACCGUAAGAUAUAAGAGGACGGCUUAAGUAAUUCAAGAAUAUUGAUCAGAUUGGGAAAAUUUCCCAAAAUUAUAAUAAGUGCAUUUUACUGACGAGACAAUUGAAGCGGGUACGAUAUAGAGGAGGAGAAACUUUUACUUUAGGGGCACUUAAAAAGGCCAAGGAAAUAUUUGAUUUAUCUAAUAGAAACGAUUCCAAGAAAGUAAUAUUCCUUAUAACUGAUGGAUAUUCAAAUGGUGGCGAUCCUGUGCCGAUAGCAAAGCAGCUAAAACUGAACGCUGUCUCUAUAUUUACCAUUGGGAUACAGAAUGGGAACUACAAGGAACUAUACGAUAUAUCGUCGACUCCUGGUCAGUUCUAUAGUUAUUUACUUGACAGUUUCAAUGAGUUUGAAAGUUUGGCUAGGAGAGCCCUACACUCAGGUAAACUUGAAACAUGGAGACUACAUCCCUUUAGGAUAUAAUUUUGCUUGUAAUGAACUAUGCAAAGAAGGAGAUGACUGUUGCGACGAAAAUGCUAUGUGCACGUGUGGUACAACUACUGGCCACUACGCAUGUGUUUGUAAGACCGGAUACUACGGUACUGGUUUAAAAAAUAAUUGUUUUCCCUGUGAUCCUGGUACAUACUCAACUGGACCGAAUGUUUGCUUACCAUGUCCUGAUCCUUUUCACACUACUAUACCUGCAUCGUAUGGACUUGAUAGUUGUGUUUGCAAGGAGGGAUACAAGGCUACAGGAAAGCGAGAAUGUAAGGAAUUAAAGUGCGUAAAAGCAACAGCUCCUAUUAAUGGAUAUUACGUGAAGAACAGAAUGUGUCCUAAUGUGAUAUUUAGCGCUUGUGGUAUUCGAUGUGAAGUAGGAUACACUUUAAAAGGAACCAGUGUAAGAUUAUGCCAAAAAAAUGGUACCUGGAGUGGCUUGGAACCAAAAUGUGAAAUUAAGACCUGCAAUCAACUGGAUAUGCCCAAAGGCAGUAAAAUGGAAUGUAUGCAGCCUGACACCAAAGAAAUAUAUGACGCUAAUAGAACCAAUCUGCCAGUCGAUACAAUAUGCAGAUUCAGCUGCAACGAAGGUCACAUUCUAACUGGUUCAAAGGAAAGGGUAUGCUUACCUAUAGCAAGAUGGUCCGGUCUUAGAACAUUUUGUAGACCAAUUAAAUGCAAGAGAUUAGUUCCUGUUAAUUUUGGAGACGUUGAGCCGUCUUCUUGUAAAUUAGGCAAACAAGAAUUUGGUAAAGUUUGUCGAGUGGUCUGCAAAGAAGGAUUUAAAAGAGAUGGACCUGCAGUAAAGCGUUGCUUGAAAGAAAGGGGAAACUGGGAUAGUAAAUUCGAGGCUACUACUUGUAAAGAUAUUACACCUCCAAAAAUUACUUGUCCUGACAACGUAGUGGUAAACUCAUUACCAGGAAAAAAAUAUGGCCAUGUAUUUUGGACCAAACCGAAUGUUACAGAUAAUUCAAAUCUAAACGUUACUGUUUGGAUGAAACCAGCAAUUUCAGAUAUAAAAACAUCGAAAUUUGAAAUAGGUACAACGAAGAUAACGUAUUUUGCACAGGACGCUUUCCAAAAUAGAGCAAACUGCUCUUUUAAAGUAAUUAUUAAAGACGUUGAACCGCCCUUCUUUGAAAACUGCGAAGAUCCUCCAAUAUUUCUAUCAACCGAUAUAAAAGGAGCUAAUGUUACGUGGGACGAACCAACUGUUUUCGAUAAUUCUCAAAAUAUUACGUUAAAUAAGUCUCGUGAAUUUGGAUUUAUGAAUAUUGGUACGACUACGAUUACCUACAUCGCAUCAGAUAGUUCAAACAACACCAGUACAUGUAAACUAAAUAUAACUCUUGAAGUGUCAAGAUGUGAACCUCUUCCAGACCCACCAAAUGGACGAAGCCAGUGUUUUAAUCAAACUGAUGGUAUUCGCUGUUUGAUUACUUGUGACGAGGGUUAUAGUAUCCCUAUUACACAAAUAACCGAAAAAGGUGACACACUCUUCAUGUGUAACAAUGUGGAUCCAGUUUGGUACAGCCAAGAUGGAUUCCUCUUUCCAGAAUGUUCAGUAACCGAAAUUCCUGACGAAAUACAGACUGGUGAAAUAACCAUAACAGAAGAUGGAAGCUGCAGUGAUCUACAAGAUAUAGUAACAGUAAAGGAAGAAGCCACAUAUUAUCUAAAUACAGAAUUUUGUACUGAUAAUUGCACUCUGAACACAGAACUAGAGUGUACUAAUGAGAUAGAAAAACUGGAAGAGAAUGACAAAAAGAAUCUAUCGAAAAGAGACAUUGCAAGCAGUGUAACAAAGCGUCCUAGACGGUGGAAACAUAAAAAGAGGGUUAAUGUAAAGUUUCGUUUGAAACAUAAAUACAAAAAUACUACUCAUCCCCUUAAACAUAGAAAAUUUCAACUAAAAAGUGGUCGACAAGCGUCUCUCCAUUACAAGACAAAAAUUUCCUGUCCUCUUGGUUUUGUACAGAGAGUUAAACGAUGUGUACACUGUCCAAAAGGAACAUUUCACAAUGAAACCCGAGGUAUUUGUCAAGGUUGUCCAUUUGGUCGAUACAAUGAAAAAGUGGGACAGAUUUCCUGUUCUUUUUGCCCUGAACACCAUUCUACUGGCAGGAUUCGGUCGAAAAAAAUUCAAGAUUGUAAAGAGAUGUGCCCUCCAGGUACACAUGCGAGGAAAAAACUACAGAGAAUGUACAGGCGUUUUCACAAUAUUACUAUUGAGAAAACUACUUUGAAACCAUUUUGUAUAUCAUGUGAAAUAGGUUACUACCAACCCAACUUUGGACAGCUAUCUUGUAUACCCUGCCCAAUCGGGUACACUACCACUGGUAUAAAUUCAACAGGUAUCGAACAAUGUAUACCAACUUCUGUUGAAAUAUGUAAAAGUGGUAUUUGCAGAAAUGGAAAUUGCGUAGCUGUAAAUAAUUUUGAAUAUACAUGCAACUGCUUCGAUAAUUACAUUGGUACUUAUUGCGAGCAAACUGUACACGGAUGCCAAUCCCAACCAUGUUAUAAUGGCGGAAUGUGUUCAUACAAUAAUACCGGGUACUCUUGCUCGUGCAAGGAAGGAUACGGUGGAAAAUUAUGUGAAGAUGCCAUCGAUACUUGCAAUAAACCUUGUUUAAAUAAUGGACUCUGCUAUUCCGAAGAUAAUGGGAAUCUGUUGUGUUUGUGCCCACCAGAAUUCAUCGGAGAAUUUUGCGAAAUACGAGUUAACACUUGCGAGGAAAACUAUUGCGAAAAUAAUGCGGUAUGUGUUAACAAAGACGGAGAAUUUUAUUGCAAAUGUACAGACGGAUUUAUAGGCUCAAGAUGUCAUAUCUUGCCCUGCGAUUAUCGACCUUGUGCAACUACCAAAGUAUGUGUUAACAUUCCUGAAGAAAACGCAACCAGAGAGAGUUAUUCGUGCGCUUGUCCAGAAGGAUAUUUGGGCGAAAACUGUGAGGAGAGGAUAAAUUACUGCAUAAACUCUCCUUGCUUCAACAAUGGAACUUGUAUUAACCAACUGACCAAUUACACUUGUACCUGUUCAAGUUUAUAUUUCGGAAAUCAUUGUGAGUUUAAAAGAAGCACGGCGUAUGUGCUAAACUUUAAUCAAUAUAGUAUAAAUAAUUAUGUAAAACUGAAACCGUUUGAGGAGGACUUGUCUGAGAUAACUACUUGUCUUUGGAUACAAACUUUAGAUGAGGUUAAUUAUGGAACCAUCGUAUCCUAUGCAACAAGAAACGAUGACAAUGCGUUUACUUUAACUGAUUAUACAGGGCUAGUAUUGUACGUAAAUAAUAAAUAUGUAGUAACUGAUAUUCAUUUGAAUGACGGAACGUGGCACCAUCUCUGCAUCACCUGGACGCAGUUAAAUGGAAGCUAUGAAGUAUUUGUAGAUGGAAAACUUAAGAAAUCUGGCAGUAAUCUUUCUCCUGGGCAUAAUAUAUUAGGUAAGGGAAGUUUUAUAUUGGGUCAAGAUCAGGACACGUUUGGUGGAGAGUUUAGCCAAAGCGAAUCAUUCGUAGGAAAAUUAACAUACGUAGAUGUUUGGAACCGAGCUUUAACACAAGAAGAGGUUUUAAGACAUUUCGAGGAAUGCUAUGGCUUAUUUUUUGGAAAUUUAUAUGCCUGGCCAGUCAUGCAAGAUUUCAUUCACGGAGAAGUACAGAUAGAACACUCAACGUUUUGUAAACGCUGCGAAGCUCCUAAACCCUUAUACAAUGGUUACAUCAAUGUGAUAAAAAACAUCGCAUACUAUUCUUGUUAUCCUGGCUUUACUUUAAAUAAUCUGGACUAUUUCAAUGGACGAAAAUGUACAAAAGCUUCUCGCUGGGAAGGCCAUUAUGAUCCCUAUUGCAGAAGAAUGUACUGUGGAUAUCCAGCUUCUAUCAGAAACGGUUACACUAUAGGCAAUCGAUAUUUUUAUCAAGACAAAAUCAUGUUUAAAUGCUACGAAGGUUAUAACAUGAUUGGACCUCCGGUUUUAACCUGCGACCAAAAUGGAAAAUGGAUUCCUCAAAAACCGCGAUGUAUAGGUUCGCAACAAUGUCCAGCUUUUAGAAAACCUGAGUAUAGCAAUAUCAUGGUUAUUUCUGAUCAGAGUUAUGAAGAAUUCAAAGAAAAUCAAACAAAAUAUGAGAUAGGCACCCAAAUAGAGUUUGAAUGUAUUGAUGAAUAUGACCUUGUUGGUCAGGAUAUAUUGAGCUGUCUUGAAAAUGCAACUUGGGAUUUCUCGCCACCUCAGUGUGUUCAAAGAACAACUACUACAACCACAACUACUACCACGACAACUACCACUACCACAACUACCACUAUUGCUCCAACAACGACGACAACUAAAACACCAACAACCACCACACCCACAAGUACCAUCCCCACAACUAUUACUACCACGCCCACAACUACAACUAUCCCACCCACAACUACCACUACCACUCCUACAACUACGACUACCACUACCUCCACCACAACUACAGCUACCACCCCCAGAACUACAACUUCUACAACUGGAGUUACUACUCCAACAACUACGAUUACCAUUCCGACAACUACACCAACGACCAUAAGUACAUCAGUUUUGACAACUCGAUCAGCCAAAUCUGGAUGUUCAUUAGAUCAAAUUCCACCAGCUCCUGCUAAUGGAUAUAUUAAUCUUAAAUCAUAUAAUGCCAUUGUAAGUGAAUCUUCAAAUGUUAUCGAAUAUAAGUGUAGCGUGGGUUUUAAGCUGGUCGGUGAUAAAGUUUCCACUUGUAUUAUAGAUGGAUACUGGACAGAACCAAACAUAAGUUGUCAGCCAAUCAGUUGUAACUCACCUCCGAAAUUUAAAAAUAUGGCAGUCGAUAACAAUCAAGCAACAAUCAGCAGAUCCUACUUGUAUAAGCAUCAAUUGAACUUUACUUGUGACGAAGGGUAUGAUAAAUUGGGAGCACAUCUUGGUAUCCGAUGUUUAUCAACUGGGAAAUGGUCUCGAAUUCAAGGAAAAUGUCUACGAAAAUCUUGUGGAAAACCUGAAAUAUCUGAUGAUACUGAUAUAAAAGGUAGAUCAUAUUUGUUCGGGGAUAAAGUAACAAUAACGUGUCCAAGUGGUUCCACAUACAUACUGAUCUGUAGCAAAACUGGAUCCUGGGAUGGCGAGAGAGACCAAACUUGUUAAGAACUCAAUGUUUGUUAAAUAGUGAAAACGCUUCAGCAAAUUUUGCACUUCAUGUACUUAAUUUUGUAUUAUCUUAAAAAAUUUAAUAAAAAUUACCAAAUAA